UUAUUUCAUAAUCGGCAACAGAAACAAGGAGCCUCGUUUUUGUCUUUACGUAUUAAUAUUUCAAGAUUUCACAAUUUUAUCGAACAGAAACUAUAAAAUGUGAAGCUACAAUUGCAAGAAAAAUUUAUUGCCAAGAUCUUGGUUUAACGAGUUUGCUAUUCUUCGUUUUUUAUUAAUUACAAACAAACUUAAUCGCUUGAACUUCAAUGACAUCAAAGACAAUUUUCAGGUCAAAAUAUUCGAAAUUACACGUAGGACUGUGCAUAGGCCUGAGAGAACAGCUUAUUUCUAAAGAUACAUAAACAGGCGUGCUUUAAGACUUUCAUAUUUGUUUAAAGGGCAAAUGCAGGACAAUCGCAAUAACUAUAACAGUGGCAACCAUGUUACACCUCUCCCACACACGAAAAUGCACCGUAAUUUUAAACUCUUAGCUGAUCCACAGUUGAUAAAAUGCGGCGCCAAACUGUACCGCUACGACGGUGUUGUGCCAGGUGACGCGACCUAUCCAACAAUAACGCCGAGGGAUCCCCGCAAUCCGCUUAUUCGCAUUCGUGCCAGGCCGGUUGAUCCCCUUAUGCUGCUUAUACCAAGAUUUGUAAUUGAUUCUGAUUACGUUGGACAACCACCUGCUAUUGAAGUUACGGUUAUCAACCUGAAUGACAACAUUGAUAGACAGUUUCUGUCUAGUAUGUUGGACAAGUGUGGAACAUUCGACGAAAUAAAUAUUUAUCAUCAUCCUACAACAAACAAACAUAUGGGAAUUGCCCGCAUCGUGUUUGAAAGUGCCAAAGGAGCCAGACAGUUUGUGGAAAAAUACAAUGAAAAGUCGGUGAUGGGAAAGAUAUUAAAUGUGUUUUGCGACCCAUUUGGUGUUAUUUUAAAAAAAACUCUAGAAAGUCUCACAAAUCGAUGUGUGGGGAAACCUAUACCUGGUACCGACGUAUAUACCUAUUCCCAGCAAGAUUGCGAUUUUAAUCAGGGUUGUACUGAAAGUGACUCCUUGGAUCUUUCUGGGUACAACCCCUUACAAAAUAAUCUUGAUGUUGGCGUGCGCUGUAGGGAACGUAUCUGGGAUCGCGACAGAGACAGAGAGAGAGAUCGUAAUUUCAAAGAUCGUAGCCGAUUGGAAAGAACCUAUAGUCGUGAGCAUGGAGUUCGUGAAAAACAUUCUGCAUUUUUAAAAUACGAUCGACAUUAUUAUAGACAACGUUCUAGAGAUAAAAGUCCUGAAGUUCCAAGGGACAGAAUAUUUAGAAGAGAGCGUGACUAUCACCGUUCUGGAGAAAGAGAUACAGCUCGGGAUCCUAAGACCCGAGAACAAUUAAGAGGAAAAAAAGAACACCGGCAUAACUCGCCAAAAGAACGAGAGUACCGUGACAGAGAACGCGAAAGGUAUACAGAAACAGAUAGAAGGGACCGAACAGAUCCUAAAUAUAAUAAGCGGUACAGUCAUGAAUAUUUCGAAACUAAUAAUAUCAGCUCUUCCAAUUUGAGAAGGAAUCAAUACUAUUCUGAAGCUACAGGAUCUACUAGACACUAUAGCUUUAAUAGUUGUUCUUACUCCUCGCACGAAAAUAUUCAAUCAUGGAUUGGACAAAAAUUGAGCGGGGUUCAAACAAAAUUUCAUUCUCAAUUAAAUCCACCCGCCUCUCAAGAAGAGGAAGAGAACUGGGACAAUAUAGAUUUAAAACUUGAAAAAAAUGUUAUUGCGUGUUCUUCGCAAUCGGUGACCGCUAAAAGUCAAUCGCCAAAAUCUAUGAACUUUGAAUACGAGUCCAAAGAAAAAACCGAAAGAGAAGUAAGCUCAGAACCAGAAAAUGUAGACUUAGAUACUCGAAUAGCAUUAAUAUUUAAAGGGAAAACGUUUGGAAAUGCGCCACCAUUUCUUCAGAUGGAUAGUAGUGACUCCGAAACAGAUAAAAGCAAGCAAGCUAAAUCUAUAGACAUUAACUUCGAUUCCAAUAAUUCAGAAAAUAAAACAAAAUCUAUCCAAAAAAGUAUAAUGGCUGUUCAACCGCAACAUGGGGCAAGUGAUAUUUCAAGUGACGAUGAAAUUAUUGUUAAAAAUAGAUUUAAAAUCGGUUCUACUACUCAAAACGACAAAAAUGAUGACAAUAUGUCAUUAUCGAGCUUAUCUUCUCAUGAGGAUGCGACCCAAGAUAUAUUAGCUUCGGAAGAUGGGACACCUAGAAAGCAUACUAUAUCCUCGUCCUACAUAUAUCACAGUCCAUCUAAUCAACAUCCGUAUUAUUAUCAAGCUUCAGGCUAUGGGCACUAUCCUUCCACUCUCACACCAGACUCUGGUUUAACCAGCAGAUAUUUAUCAAACGCUGCUUAUAUGCAGCCGGUGUAUUUGGCAGGCGUUACUGCAUUUAGCUUGAAUGCAUACGACAAAACUUUUAACUACCAAUAUACCGUUUCAGAUCAGAGUGACGAAAUGACAGCCAAAUUAAAACAAGUUAUAAACUAUAUUGUGGAAGAGCUAAAGCAAAUCUUAAAACGAGAUGUAAACAAACGAAUGAUUGAAGUAAUAGCUUUCAAAAAUUUUGAAGCAUGGUGGGAUGAGCAUACGUUAAAAUCUCGUUCUAAAACUUUAGUAGAAUUACCUGAUUCUGCAUUAAAUACUACCUCAGUUGUUCAAAAAGAGGCUCUUUGUAAUGAGAAGGCGCCUGAUAUUAAUCAAUUCAUUAAUACACAACGUGACAUUCUAGAUUUUCAAUCAUUUUCAAGUAUAGGUAUAAGAGCAGCAAUGCCUAAGUUGCCAUCUUUUCGACGCAUUCGAAAGCAUCCUAGUCCUAUUAGUCCUAAACGACAUACAAUAGAUCGAGAUCUUAGCGAUCAAGAGGAAAUGGUACAACGUUCGGACUCUGAAAAGGAAGAUUCUAAUAUUGGCAGUUCUGAUGUUUUAGGUCCCAGUUUAAAGGAGAGCAUUUUAAAUAAAGAUUUGCCGCCACUUGUUAAUUUAAAGAGAAAGGAAAGUAUUUCAAGUUUCUUUUCUUCAUCGUCAUCGUCAUCUAGUGAAGCUGAAAAUGAAAUCAAUGAAUAUGGUGAAGUCGAACGAAACAGUGAAGAUGAUAGUCUUGAAGAAGAGCAUCAUAAAAGAAAUCGGACCCAACGGCAAAAACUUACAAAGAAUAAAGUUCGUUCAAGUCUAGCACCUACUAAGAAUAUGACAUUUAAAAAUAUAUACUCGGAUUCUGAUGAGGACAAAAAACGAAAUAAGGAAUUUGGCUUUACAAGGCGUGGUCGAACGAAAAAAAAUAUUUAUUCCGAUACAGAUGAAGAAAAUGAAAAUAUUGUAAAGAAUAAGAUAUUUUUAUCUUUUCCUUCUGAUCUCGAAGAUAUCAGCAAAGACAGUAGUUUUGGGUUAGGGGAAAAUGAAAAUGACACCGCAUUUGUGCCCCCAGGUAGGGUUACACGAAAAAUUGAAGAAUGUCAGCGCUCACCUACACCUGUACCUCCUCCAGACUACAAUGAAGAGGAAAUAGAAAAAAUAGAUCGUUAUAAACAAAAAAGCUCGUUUGAAUAUGAUCGGAUUUACAGCGACUCGGAGGAAGAGCGUGAAUAUCAGGAGAAGAGGCGAAGAAAUACAGAGUAUAUGGCUCAAAUUGAACGGGAAUUUUUGGAGGAACAGGGGAGGAAAAACGAAAACCAUUUAGAUGAGAGCCGCAAAAUGGCUUCAGUAAAUAGCCAAAAAUCACCGCCUCAUGACCCUGCACAGAAUCCCGAUAUUUCAAAACUCCAAUCGAUAAUAUUGAAUAAUUUAAAUGAACAAGAUGAAAAACUUUCUCUCAAGAAAAGUAAAAUGCAAAUGAUAUUAUCGGGGAAAUAGUUAAUAAACCGGGAUAUAAUGAAAAGCCAAAAUUGAAUAAUGACGACUCAUUACAAAAAGUUAUGCACAAAUUCCAAUGAAGAAAAUAAAAUAAGUCAAUCACCGGCCUCGUCAGACGGAGGCUCUAGUCAGGCAUCACAAGCAAGCCAAGUUGCGCUAGAACAUUGCUACUCAUUGCCGCCACAAGCACAGUUUGUUUUCUCCAGCAUCCCAUAUUAUAAGCUUAAUGAUCAGGGUACAAAUAUGUUGGAUCAUAAACGGGAAAAUAAUAAGAUUGGUGUUGUCCAAAUAAUACGAUCAGGGCCAGGCAGACCCCGUAAAGAUUCUAGUCGUGCUCAAAGAAAAAAGAAGGACAUAAUCCCACGUCAGACGAAUGAAAAGAUGGAAAUAGAACCAAUUAUAAACACAUUUGUCGAGCUUGCACGGCAAACUACGAAUUUUGUUCCACAUCAAAUGUAUAAAGCUCGUGAUCAAAAUGAGGAAAUGGUUAUUUUAUACACUUUUCUUACAAAAGGCAUUGAUUUAGAAGACAUUAACUAUAUAAAAAAGAGUUAUUCGGAGCAUUUGCAAAAGGAACCAUACGCAAUGUUUCUAAACAAUACGCAUUGGGUAGAUCACUGUACAACUGACCGAGCAUUUUGGCCGCCUCCGCCAAAGAAGCGUAGGAAAGAUGAUGAACUAAUACGUCAUAAAACUGGUUGCGCCCGGACUGAAGGAUUUUAUAAAUUGGAUGUUAGAGAAAAGGCCAAGCACAAGUACCAUCAUACAAAAGCAAAUACAGAGGAUGCCCACAAUGAAGACCGUACUGAAGAUCCUACAGCACUUACCAAUCAUCAUCACAAUAAAUUAAUUUCCAAAAUGCAAGGCAUUUCCCGAGAGGCGCGGUCAAACCAGAGACGACUUUUAACAGCUUUUGGUUCUAUGGGCGAAUCUGAGCUUUUGAAAUUCAAUCAGCUCAAGUUUCGGAAAAAACAGUUAAAGUUUGCUAAGUCUGCUAUACAUGACUGGGGGUUGUUUGCAAUGGAGCCUAUAGCUGCAGAUGAAAUGGUAAUUGAAUACGUAGGUCAAAUGAUUCGACCCGUGGUUGCAGAUUUAAGAGAAACCAAAUAUGAAGCGAUUGGAAUUGGUAGUUCUUAUCUAUUCCGGAUUGACAUGGAAACUAUAAUCGAUGCUACUAAAUGUGGAAAUUUAGCUCGAUUUAUUAAUCACAGUUGCAAUCCAAAUUGCUAUGCAAAGGUCAUUACCAUAGAGUCUGAAAAAAUUGUUAUAUAUUCGAAGCAGCCUAUAGGCAUUAAUGAGGAAAUAACGUACGAUUAUAAAUUUCCGCUGGAAGAAGAAAAAAUACCUUGUCUAUGUGGAGCCCAAGGUUGCCGCGGUACUCUUAACUAAAGCUUACAAUAUGUGUAUACUCCUAUAAAUCAGUCGCAUAUGUUAAAUAUGUCGACAAAUUAAAAUUUAUUGUUUGUUCA